AUGUUGAACGAAACUACCUCACCAUCAUCAUCCUCACCUUCAUCCCCACCAUACUAUGUCCUUUCCUUUGACACCGAACCCUCUGACCCCUCAUCCCCCACUCUAGCUCAGCUUCAAGCUCGUGCUCUAGCCUCCCAACAACCAUCACAAAUUGAACCUGAACCAGAAGUCACUUCUCCACCCCCUGAACAACAAAAUCCAACUACAUAUGAACAACCUCAAACACCAUCACCUGCACAACAACCUAAUCCACCUCUUGAACAAACAAUACCCUCACCAUCUGAACCUCAACCAAACCUACCACCCGAACAAACAACACCAUUUCCCUCUGCUAUUCGCUCACCACAAACCUAUGCGGCCAUAAUCACUCCCAUUCUAAAUACAGAUGACACCAACCAAACUCCACCAUCCUUCCCAGCCUCUAACUCUGAACCAGAAACUACCUUCCCCACCUUAGUAGAAGCAAUAACGGUUUUUGCAGACUCUUCAGUGGAGAAGAUCAACUACCAACGAUCAUCUCAAUCUCCUAUAAAAAGGAUGGAACGCUUCACAAAUCAAGAACGUUUUUACUUUAAUCGCAGCCCCGAUCAAGAAAAGGAGUGA